AUGGCCGCCCCCGCAGACACCACCAUCCAGAACCUCAAUGGAACCUGGGUUCUGAACAAAACUCUCUCCACCGACACUGACGCCCUCCUCGCUCUCCAAGGCAUCGGCUGGCUAACCCGCAAAGCAAUCGGCGUCGCCACCAUAACUCUCGCCGUAACCCAACACGUCGAGCCCAACGCUGACGACCCCUCCAACGCCCCCAUCACAAAAAUCAACAUCGAACAGACCGCCACAGGCGGCAUAAAGUCUACCGAAUCGCGCACCACAGACUGGCGCGUUCGCGAACAUAAGGAUCGCACAUUUGGGAAAUGUGCGGCUCAGAGUCGGCUUGUUCGUGGACAGAAGGGUGCAGAUGGCAAAAUAAGGCCUGUGUUUGAGGUGCAAACGGAGCCCAAGGAGGAGAAAAUCCAGAGGUUUUUGAGGGGUGAGAUUACGGUUGAUGGCGAGGAAGAUCCCGAGGGGUUUUUGGUGGAUGAUGUGCAGGAGAAGGAUGGCGUGACUUAUCCCGAGGGUGAGGGGUUGUGGUUGCAAAGCUUUGUGAGGAGUGAGGAGGCUCCUUGGUCUGCUGAGCAGAUCUGGGGCUUUGAGACUAUCAAUGGCCAGCGAUACCACAGCCGUCGUCUCGUUGUUGCUACCCAAGAGGGCAAGUACCUCUUUGGACGCUUGGUAUACGACUUCCAGGGUUAG